AUGUCUUCUUUAGGGGAAGAAUUAGAGACUAAAAUCUCUGAAGAGGUUGGGUUCAAGCCUCUGGGAAUUAAGAGAAUAUUACCUGCAGCAAGUACUAAGCUUCCAUUUGCAUCGCUGGACAAUUUUGCAAUUGAUAAUCAUAACAACAAGUAUGCUGCAGCUUCAGGCGAGCUACUAAUAUGUGGCGACUUACAGAAAUUACGAGAAUAUGUUACCAAUGAUAACGAGGAAGAUAAUUACGAGCCAGAAUACAAGCAUGAGAUAUCUAAUAUCAUUGCACUGAAGUUCAUGAAUGGGAAGUUGAUACUUGUGACUAAAAGUGGCAGAAUAUGUGAAUAUAGUACUGAAAAUUUGAAUCAAGAGCUCAUGAACCAUGAAUUGAAGUUGGAUCUAGUCUCAGUUAAAACAUUACCCUCAAAAAUUAUCAUGCUAGAUAGCAGUAAUGUAUUAAAAGGACUAUCACUCAGUAAUCUUAACCUUGAGAAUAUUGCUGAAAAUAUUUCAUCAUUUGAUGUGUUAUAUGACAAAUUGGUAUACAUAAGCGUGCUGAAAGAUAUUUACGUCUCUGAUACGAUAUCAAAUGGGGUAAACAAAGAAAUAAUACUUCCGGAGUCGUUAUCAGAGGAACUUGAUGAUGGUUAUGAAGCUUUGGAUAUAAAAAUCUUGUCUGAAAAUGAGUACUUUGUGGUAUUUGGUAAUAAUGUCUCACCUGAUGAAAGUGAUCCAUCUUAUGAUCAUAAAACCUACGUGGUAUCACAAAAGGAAGAAUCAGUAGUAUAUCAGGAAACAUUCGAUAUUGCGCCAGCAUUUGCAUCCGUCUUGCGAUACCCUUGUUAUUAUAAUGUUAUACUACCGGGAAUAUUUGAAGAAGAUAAAAACGUGAAUAUAAUAGGGUCAGCAACAUCGAGUGAAAUUUCUGUAUGGGACUCAGUUAAUGUAGUACAACCUGAUCAAGACAGCGAGAGAGCAGUUUUUCCUAUCAGUAAAGAAACAGAUGAAGAUACAACCCCAAUUGGUAUGUGUCUGGACUUUAGUACAGUUGGUGAAAUACCAGAACCUUGCCCAGGUGUCGAUAACACUGACUCUUUACCUCUAGUAUACUCUUUAACCAAUGAAGGUUUCCUGCAAAUCAAUGGCUUUUAUCAUACAGGGUUAAUUAAAGCUGGUAAAUAUGACAUAAAGUUGCUUGGAGAGAGAAUUUACUCCAUAUAUGAACAAGAUGGAGGUGAAGUAGAAGAAGGAAAAAAUGAUGAGCCAAUAGGAGAUUUCCAACCCACCAUUUCUGAAGAUAAAGAAGAAGAAUUGAAAAACUCUAACAACUUUGAGUUAUCAAAGAAAUCACCAUUUAGUGGUCUUGAUAAAUUGUCAAAAAAACCUUCCUUUAGUUCAAUGACAUUACAGAUAGAUGAUGAAGUCAAAAAAAAUGACACAAAUAAGACUUUCGAGUUCGGGAAGACAUCUUUUGGAAAGCCAGGAUUUGGAACCAAUUCUUCGAAUAAUUUCGGCUCUGUUUCACUUGAUUCUGCUGACAACAAGUCCAUCUUUUCAAAAACAUCUACUGAAACCAACUCCACAGAACCAGCAUUUGGAAAACCAGCAUUUGGAAAACCAGCAUUUGGUGCUUUGUCUGAUAUCAAGUUGUCGCCAAGUAAUGAACCUGUAAUAAAUGACAACACUACACCUCCUUCUAAUAUUUCAAAAAAUGAUGCAGGAAGUUCGGCAUUUGCGAAGCCUACUUUUGGUAACACGGCAUUUGGAUCAUUGUCUUCUUCAGCAAAUUCGGAAAAUAACAACAUUAAUAACUCACCAUUUGGAAAGCCAGCAUUUGGUAGUACAGGUUUUGGAUCUUCCAGUUCUAUUGAUAAACCAACAUUUGGAAGUACCGCAUUUGCUAGUACAAAUACUAAUAGUACCUCUUUUGGAAAUCCUUCAUUUGCCAACAUAGGAAGUGAUAAUAAUUCUUUUGGGAAACCAGCAUUUGGAAGCACAGCGUUUGGUACACCGGCAUUUUCAAUCAAAACUGAGAAGAAUGAUACUGAUAGUUCACCAUUUGGAAAGCCAGCAUUUGGUAGUACAGGUUUUGGAUCUUCCAGUUCUAUUGAUAAACCAACAUUUGGAAGUACCACGUUUGGUAGCUCAAAUACUAAUAGUACCUCUUUUGGAAACCCUUCAUUUGGUAGCACUGCAUUUGCUGCUACCACAAAUGCCACAUCUCCAUUUGCCAAACUAGCUUCUAAUUCUUUCAGGUCAGAAACGCCAAAACUUGAUAGUCUGAAUUUAUCUUCAGAUAAUGAAAAACCAUCUUCUGAUGAUGAAAAUUCUGAAUCUGUAUCUGAUCGCGAGAAGUCUAUUGAAGAAGAACACGAUUCUGAAUUUCAUAAAGUUACUGACUCAAAACCUGAUCUCGAAAAGCCUGUCGAAGUCGUAGACAAAAACUUAAAAUCUGAUACAGCCUCACCAAUUGUGGAUAAUAUUGAAGCAGCACAGUCUAAUUCAUCAAAUAUCUUAAAUUUAAGUAAUUCACCAUUUGCGAAAUCUGCUUUUGAAAAGUCUACAGGACAAUCUCCUUUUUCUAACUCAUUUUCAAAUUUAAAUUGUGAUAGCAAGCGCGAAUCUCAAGUCGAUAACGCAUCAUCAUCCCCAUUUGCAAAGUUAUCUACAAACACACAUGAAAAAAGUAAAGUUGAUAAUGGCUCAGAAAAAGAAGGUGUACACGAGGUACAGAACUCUGACGAAGCUGAAUUUUCUGAUUCGACUGUCGAGCAAACCCCACUAGCAGACCUCGAUGAGUCCAAGGGUCAAGUGGCAUCCCCAUCCAUUUCAUCUCUGACGGAAAGAAUAAAACAAAAAGCUCAGAUUAGUGCUGAAGAUUUGAAAUCGCCAACUUUAACCUCCUUCAAUUCUAGCAAUGCCAAUGCAGGCUCACCAUUUUCAUCAUAUGCCAGUAAACUAGGACAAGUUCCAGCUAGCACACCGAUAUUUAAAUUUACUAAUAAUACAGCUCACAAAGAUUCUAGAGAGGUGACCACUGAAGAUGGCGUUUCAGAUGAUAAUAAUAAUAAUAAUAAUAAUAAUAAUAAUAAGAGAAAUAGUGAAAUUGCUGAUUGUGUUACAACUUCGUCAAGUAGUCAGGAUACUAAAGAAAGUUCUGCUGAGAGAAAAGCAUCCGGUGAAGGCGACAAUGAACCACUUGAUGACAAGGAUAUUGGUAUAUCCGAAAGUGAAAAAAGCCAAACAUCAGAAGAGGAGCAGUGGGAGGUAGUAUCAACUGAUAGUGACGCCCAUAAAUCAGUAAACGAUACUAAAAAGAAUAAUAAUGAUGAAGCAGACACUGAGUGUGACAAUUUGAGAAAGGAGGAUGAUAUCCAAAAGGACAAAGAAUUGGAUCAACAGGUUAAGGUUCAAGAUUUCACAAGCUCUGAUAUAGUAUCUGCGACCGAAGAUGUUUCUGUGUCCGCACAACCAAAGAAUGAUGGUUCUGGACAGCUACUUUCUUGCCCUCAAAAUGUCAUUGAAGCUGAUAAUAAAUCUGAAUAUAAUGAUUUUGACAAUGAGAAAGGUAAUACAGGGCUAUUAUCAACUACAGCUAUGGAUAAAACGUCUGAGACCUCAACUUCAACACAAACUGCUAAUAUUCUACACUGUGAUUUUGAAGUUGAAUCAUUUGAGGAUGAUGAGUUGUAUUUAUCAAUCCAAAACAAACCCAAUUUUGAUACGAGAUAUUAUGUAGGGGCCAAUACCAAAGGUAUGUCAAUUACUUCAGAAGAUAAGACAGUCCAACUAAUGGAAAAAACUGUACAAUUAAUUGAUGCAGAAUUAUCGGUUUUAUUUGAUAAUAUUGAUAUUUUAGAUAGAAAUUUCAAAGAUCAAUCUACGAACGUUAUGCAUAAAACUUCUCGGUCAUUGGAAUUGUCAAAUAUUUGGAGAAUGUCAGAAUAUCAGACAUUCAUGACCAUAUUGGAUGAUCUUGUCGAGAAGCAGCAAAUAUACAGCGCUGAUCGACUUGGAGAAAGCGAUGAAAUCAAUGCAUUUAAACUGCGUGAUGAAAAUGUUAUAAAAGAAAGGUGUGAUGCUGUUGUCUCCAAGCUAGCAAGGUAUAGCAUUUUAAUGACAUCUCAAUCAGCGGCUUUACCUUUAUCAAGAAGCCAAGAAGCGCUAAGAAACACUAUUAGACAAAAAAUGCAAUCAGCUGUCAAUAAACUUGAAAGACUACAAACUAUUCUCGAUACAAUGAAAAUCUCAAUUAGUAGAGCUCAAGGCAACUCUGUAAAGCCUAUGAUUGCGAAUAUUGAAGAAAAGUAUCUCUCUCACAUUGAGUUAUUGGACACAAUAAAUCGUGUUGAAAAGAAAAUCCAAAGCUUACAACUGGGUGAAUUGAGAUCGAAAAAAACAGCAGUCGACACAAAUGCCGAGGUUGAUACAAAUAUUGGCAAAAUAGACAUAACAUCUUUGAGCAUGAAGGUUGAUACGAGAAAGCAAAUUGGAGAUUAUUUUAAGCACUCUUGA